CCAUCCUUUCUCUUCAUCCAGCACCUGCUGCUCUUCACCUAGCCAUGGCUUCCAAGGUCACCACGUCCUCUCUUGUGUUCGUCCUCGUGCUGCUGCUCUCGGGCGGCGGCAGGAGCAACGCGGCGCGGCGCCUGGAUGAGCUCCCGAAUCCCGACCUGCCGGCGCCGCUGCCCAAGCCUGAGGUGCCACCGAAGCCGGACCUGCCGCCCCUGCCGAAGCCUGAAGAUCAACCCAAGCCGGAGCUGCCGCCCCUGCCGAAGCCUGAGGAGCAACCCAAGCCAGAGCUGCCGCCCCUGCCGAAGCCUGAGGAGCAACCCAAGCCGGAGAUGCUGCCCAUGCCCAAACCUGAGCAGCAGCCCAAGCCGGAGCUGCCGCCCCUGCCGAAGCCUGAGGAGAAACCCAAGCCGGAGUCGCCACCCCUGCCCAAGCCUGAGGAGCAGCCGAAGCAGCCGGAGAUGCCGCCGCUGCCGAAGCCAGAUGAGCAGCCGAAGCCGGAGAUGCCGCCUCUGCCCAAACCUGAGGAGAAGCCCAAGCCAAUGCUGCCACCGCUGCUGACAGGUGAGCUUCCACCAAAGCCGGUGCCCGAGAUGCCACCGAAGCCCGAACUGCCACCUCUGCCGAAAGUCGAGAUGCCGCCACUGCCGAAAGCCGAGUUGCCGCCGAAGCCCGAGAUGCCGGCCGUCCCUGAGGUGCGCCUGCCGGAGCCUGCUGGGCCGAAGCCAUGAUCGAUGAGCAACGAGGACUUCACCCAUAUUGACACGGCGCUACACGCGCGUUAUGUUCUAUUCCAUUUUGCGCUUCCGUAUUGUGACGCAUGGCAUGCAUGUUAACGGGUUUGGAUGUGUAAAGCGUACUGGAUUUGCAGUGUCGAGUGAUGUGCAUGCCAUGCCAUCCAAUCCGUGAUCUAUGUAUUUCUUUCUGAGAUUCAUAUAUAUAUAUAUAUAAUAAAUGGAUUUGUGUAUACAUGAAAUUAUGAA